AUGACCAUAACAGCUGGUGAGGAUGUUUGGAACAACGUCGUCAAGAUGCGCUUUCGUACGAUUGCGAGAUCGCAGAGUACUCAAACUGUUGAUCACAAGUUCUCAUGCACCCGUGAUAAACAUACGGAAACCGCUGAGGACCACAAGAAGGACGCCUUGUGCGAUGAACUCAACACGUUGAUAUCCAAGGUACCCAGUCAGAAGGCAGUAAUCGUAGAAAUUCAUAAGAACGCAAAGAUGAGACUUGAACAAAAAUACGAUGUGCUUGGCAAAAAAAGUUCUCCAAAAAAGGUGUUCAGUUGUAUGGAAGAUCACGAGAUCAUACUCGAUUCUUCUUCCGAUGAGUCCAUCGUCGGAGAACAGGCGAGAAAAUUGUUUGAGCUUUGCGACAAGGACGAGAAAGGCUAUAUAAUGAAAAAUGAUCUGAAAUCCCUUACGGAAUUCGUUUCACAAAACGAUAUCCAAGAAAUUCAGAAGAAAAUGGAGGAAAACAAAGAGAAGCAAAUAGAUAGGGAACAGUUUACACAGAUAAUUCGAGAUUUGGUUAGCUGUCAAAACAACAACUACGAAUCGGCUGUUGUGGCAGAUGUCCCUCUUCCCGAAAUCUCAAUGACAUCAGUGCUGAAUCCAAGUGGUUUGAGUUUGGCCAAUGAACUUGAGUCGGUCGAACCAACUCCGCCUUACUAUGAUCCCUACACAGAGGCUCUGCGACAACAACUUGCUGAACAGGAUAAUAAACCGAAGCAGGAUUUAUCCACUAUUUACGAGCACCCAGUGCGAAUCAAGCGGCCCCAAUACCGACCUAUGGAGCCGGACAUCUACGGCGUCUCCCCUGUUCCUCGAAUAAACUCACCGCAAUCGCUUGCAGAAGAACUAAGCGAAGCAGAAAAAGAAGAAGACCGAAAAAAUGCAGUGGAUAUAACCACUCCGGACCGAAUUUUCAAAGUUGUCUUCGUCGGCGAUUCGGCUGUUGGAAAAACGUGUUUUCUUCAUCGAUUUUGUUAUAAUCGAUUCAAACCACUGUUCAAUGCGACAAUUGGUGUCGAUUUUACGGUUAAGACUAUUAAAGUUGGUAGCCGAGUUGUUGCCCUUCAGCUUUGGGACACUGCCGGGCAGGAAAGGUUCCGAUCAAUCACUAAGCAGUAUUUUCGAAAAGCUGAUGGAGUGUUGUUACUGUUUGACGUGACCUCUGAGCAAAGCUUUCUUAAUGUCCGAAACUGGAUCGAAUCCGUGCGAGCUGGCGUUGAUGAGACCACAGUGAUGGCGUUAGUGGGGAAUAAGGUUGAUUUGUUCGGUAGCGACUCGACUCGUAACAGUGUUUACAGAGCGGGAAAGAAACUUGCUGAGGAGUUUGGUAUGCCUUUCUACGAAACCAGUGCCUAUACGGGAUAUGGAAUCGAUCAUUGUAUGAAGACUAUAGCAGAGCGUCUGCAAAAGCGAGAGGAACAACAUCUACAGGACGCUCUUAAGCUGGAAAUGGAACCAUCAAGUAAAAAACGAAGCUGGUGUUGCCUUUAA